AUGGCUAACAUCACCAAGAAAGUGUCCUGGUCCAGCCGGUGCGACGAGUUCGGGGCGGUCGGGGAGGAGACCCCGCUGCUGAACGGCUCAGACCAAGCCAGACCCCUCAGACAGAUGUCAAGUGGAAGCACUGUAUUUCAGAUAGGCAGACUCAGCACGGUGGAUUUGGAAGAGGAGAUAAUCGCCGAGGAGGAUUCAGCGAGCGGGCGACCCAAAGAGAUUGCUCACAAUGAGAAGCUGCUAUCUCUUAAAUUUGAGAGCCUGGACUAUGAUAACAUUGAAAACCAGCUGUUUCUGGAGGAGGAGCGGAGGAUGAGCUUCUUGGCUUUCCGUUGUCUGGAGAUCAGUCGCUGGGUGAUCUGCGGCCUGAUAGGCUUCCUAACAGGACUGAUCGCCUGCUUUAUAGACAUCGUGGUGGAGCAGCUGGCUGGAAUCAAAUACAAAGUCAUUAAAGAGAAUAUUGUAAGGUUUACAGAAGCAGGUGGACUGUCCAUCUCCCUCAUCCUCUGGGCUGUCCUCAACUCUUCCUUUGUCAUGCUGGGAGCCAUCAUGGUCGCUUUCUUUGAGCCCAUCGCAGCUGGAAGUGGGAUUCCUCAGAUAAAAUGUUACCUAAAUGGAGUGAAGAUUCCCAGGGUGGUGCGGCUAAAGACUUUGGUGAUAAAGGUGUGCGGUGUAAUCUGCUCCGUGGUCGGGGGUCUGGCUGUAGGGAAGGAAGGGCCGAUGAUUCAUUCUGGCGCUGUGGUAGCAGCUGGGGUCUCACAGGGCAGGAGCACUUCCCUGAAAAGAGACUUUAAGAUAUUUGAAUAUUUCCGGAGAGACACGGAAAAAAGGGACUUUGUUUCUGCUGGAGCUGCAGCUGGAGUUUCUGCUGCGUUUGGAGCUCCAGUUGGCGGGGUACUGUUCUCUCUCGAGGAAGGAGCCUCUUUCUGGAAUCAGAUGUUAACCUGGAGGAUUUUUUUUGCUUCCAUGAUCUCGACUUUCACGCUGAACUUCUUCCUCAGUGUAUAUCACAAUAAAACAGGAGAUCUUUCCAAUCCGGGUCUCAUCAAUUUUGGAAGCUUUGAGAGUGAGGCGAUGGGAUAUAACCUCUAUGAGAUUCCUUUGUUUAUGGCCAUGGGAGCUUUAGGUGGACUUCUAGGAGCUUUGUUUAAUUUCCUCAACUACUGGCUAACCAUCUUCAGGAUCAGAUACGUGCACCGGCCAUGUUUGCAAGUGAUGGAGGCCGUGCUGGUGGCUGCAGUGACGGCGGCGGUGGCUUUCAUCAUGAUCUACUUCUCCGUCGACUGUCAGCCUCUGGCCCCGGAUCACACUGAGGAAUACCCGCUGCAGCUGUUCUGUGCAGAUGGAGAGUAUAACUCCAUGGCCACGGCCUUCUUCAACACCCCUGAGCGAAGCGUGCGUAGUCUCUUCCACAAUCCACGAGGAACCUACAACGCCCUGACUCUGGGUUUGUUCACGCUGACCUACUUCUUCCUGGCGUGUUGGACCUACGGCCUGUCGGUGUCUGCUGGAGUGUUUAUCCCGUCGCUCCUGAUAGGAGCCGCCUGGGGGAGGCUGUGUGGAAUAUUGCUGGCCUCUACUACCUCUACUGCCUCAACGUGGGCCGACCCUGGUAAAUAUGCCCUGAUAGGAGCUGCUGCUCAGUUAGGUGGCAUAGUGAGAAUGACCCUCAGCUUGACGGUCAUCAUGAUGGAGGCAACGGGCAACGUCACCUACGGCCUCCCCAUCAUGCUGGUACUCAUGACAGCCAAGAUAGUAGGAGACUACUUCCAAGAAGGUUUAUACGACAUCCACAUCAAGCUGCAGAGCGUCCCCUUCCUGCACUGGGAGGCUCCUGCUACCUCCCACUGGCUCACGGCCAGGGAGGUGAUGAGUUCUCCGGUCAUCUGCCUGAACAGAAUCGAGAAGGUUGGAACAAUCGUCGACAUCCUCAGCAACACUUCAACCAAUCACAACGGCUUCCCUGUCGUCGUGCAGGUUUCUGUCGAUGAUGAGCCGGCUAAACUCUGCGGCCUAAUACUCCGCUCUCAGCUCAUCGUCCUCCUCAAGCACAAGGUGUUUGUGGAGCUGGCUCGGUCCCGGCUCACUCAAAGGAAGCUCCAGCUGAAAGAUUUUAGGGACGCCUACCCGCGGUUCCCUCCCAUCCAGAGCAUCCACGUGUCUCAGGAUGAGAGGGAGUGCAUGAUGGACCUCACCGAGUUCAUGAACCCAACUCCCUACACUGUACCGCUGGAGACGUCUCUUCCCCGUGUGUUUAAGCUGUUCAGAGCACUCGGACUCAGGCAUCUGGUGGUAGUUGACGAUGAGAACAGGGUAAAUGGACUGGUGACCAGGAAGGACUUAGCCAGGUACCACCUGGGAAAACACGGAUUGGAGGAGCUUCAUUUGGCUCAGACAUAAUACAGAGAUAUGAACACUGAUGGACAAUAACCCACGUGAUGCCUCAGAGGCCACCAGCCUUACCCUCAAAUCUGAGAGCUCCGUUUCUACGCCACGAUCAUCAUGUGAAAUGAGUGUAAAAGAAAUUAUGUCACUUUGUUAUUGAACAUUUUUUAGAUUUACUGCUUUUGCUUAUUUUUCCCAUCUUCAGUCAUCUUUUCUUUUAUCAUGCUGGGGAGAUCUACGUAAAUGAAAUCUGAUUAGCAGAAUCAUUUCAAGCCAAAGCGGCUUCCUGCACACUUUGAUUUAUAUUCCCUUGAAAUGCGAACUAAACAACCCAGGAACCAGGUUUAGUUUAGCUAAGGGGGGAUUUUAAAAUCAAAUUUCUCUGCAUGUUUUUUUUUUAUCCAUCAUCGAAACAUUGAAGGAUAGCUUUUGCUGUUUGCUUUUUCUGUUGAAACAUUCGAUUUUCUUUUUUUUUCUUUUUGAAAUCAUUUUUCAGGUGUUUUAAGUUCAAACAGUUGUUAAAGUAAGUUAAUAUUGUGUUAUUGUUGGUUCGAAAUGAGAGAUGUUAUUUAUUCAUGUCAAAGAGCUGUUUUAACUUAAAGACAAUAGUGUGGGUUCAUGCAUAGUUUUUUGUUUUUACCCCAUUACUGCCUCUUUUUCUGUUUACCGUGCAAAAAUACCCAAUGGUAGGAACUUAUUUUCUUUAAUAAACCACAUCUGAAGGUUUGCACUUUUUCCGACAGUCAGUCCGAAGAUACGUGUCAUGACGUUUAAUGUGAAUGUAAGUUUUGGAUGAAUAUAUGUUGGUCAGAAACCGGAACCGUUUGAUUUGAAUGUCAGUUUGUACAUUUCUUUUGUCAACAGUGUUAAGUUUUUGUGCACUUUGCUGUUAAAUCUCUUUGAUUUUUUUUCUUUUAUUUUCUUAGUUGUACAACAUUAAACAGUUUACUGAGCUCUAUUUUUAACCACUAGAAAUGCCUUUUGUGAAAUAAUAAAGUUGGACAUUAUUAAAGUUCUUG